UGUCCAAAGAAAAUAAGAUAUUAUGGCCAUGCAAAAUAUGGGCAACCCGACUGCAAUAUCCAGCGACUUUGUUCGGCAAAUUCCAUCCGAAUCCGUAUCUGCCGUGCCCAAGAAGAAGAGGAAGAGAAACAGAUAUGCUUUUAUGUGUGCCGUUUUUGCUUCCAUGGCUUCUAUCUUACUGGGUUACGAGGAAAGUGUAAUGAAUGGAGGUGGAACAAUAAUAUUCAUCAAGGAACGAUUCGAAGUCUCUGAUAAGGAGGAGGAAAUUCUCUUGGGUAUGGCCUAUAUCUACGCCACCAUUGGCGUUGUUUUCGCUGGUAGAACCUCCGACUACAUUGGCCGCCGUUACACCAUGGUUCUUGCGGGUUUCAUCUUCUUCUUUGGAGCUUUUCUAAGGUCCUUUGCCACCAACUAUGUCUCCCUCAUGCUGGGCCGAUUCAUCACUGGGCUCGGCACCGGAUAUGCUUUAGUUGUAUCCCCCAUCUACAUUGCUGAGGUCUCCCCCUCGUCGUGUCGUGGCUUCUUCACUUCCUUGUCAGAGGUAUUCAUAAACUUAGGCAUAAUGUUGGGAUAUUUCUCCAAGCUCCUCUUCUCUAAGCUUCCAAUUCAUUUGGGUUGGCGAUUCAUGGCUGGGUUUAGUAUUUUCCCGUCGAUGCUUUUUAUUAUUGUGGCUUUGAUGAUUCCAGAGUCACCACGUUGGCUUGUGAUGCAAGGCCAAAUAGGAAAAGCCAAAUGGGUCCUUGACAAAACCUUAGACUCCAUAGAAGAGGCUGAAGGAAGACUGGCAGAUAUCAAAGAAGCUAACGGAAUACCCUCUGGCCACUCCUCAUAUGAGAUCAUUCCCCUUCGAGUCUCAACACUUGACAACCUAACUAUAAACAUUUGGAAAGAGAUGUUCCUCCACCCAACACCAGCCAACCGUCACAUAUUGAUAGUCAUUAUUGGACUUCAUUUCUUCCGCCAAGCUUCUGGGAUGAAUGUCGUUUUUUUGUUUAUCCCCGAAUUCUUUAAGAGGGUGGGGAUCAAAUCUAAGAAUAACAAGCUACUUGUGUUCGUAGUCAUCGUUGGAUUCAUAAAGACAAUUUUCAGCUUAGUGCCAACAUUCUUGCUAGAUCGAAUUGGACGACGACCAUUGCUUCUAAUUAGCGUCGCUGGAAAGAUGAUUUCUCUUAUGGUCUUGGGAUUUGGGGUCACAAAAAUGAACCACCAUUCAAAUAAAUGGGAUAUGGGUUUAUGUAUUACAUCCAUAUUAAUAGAUGUGGCAUUUUUCUUCAUUGGAAUUGGGCCCAUAACGUGGGUGUAUGGCUCAGAAAUUUUGCCAACAAAGCUACGUGCACAGGGAUUGAGUGCAGGAGUGAUAGUAAAUAGAGUUACGGCUGGUGUGGUCACAAUGACAUUUAUUUCCUUGUCCAAAGCGAUUACUAUCGGUGGGGUGUUUUUCUUAUAUGCAGGUAUUGCAGCAAUGGCUUGGCUGUUCUUCUAUGUCUUGUUACCAGAGACACAAGGAAGAAAUUUAGAGAACAUAGAGGGGCUUUUUGGUACUUCAUUUUUCUUAAUUUUUUGGUCUAAUUUUCAAUUUAUGCUUUAAUUUUUAAAAUGCUACACCUUUACUCCCAAUUAUGUGUUUAAUUUUCUGUUUUGGUUUUUAUGUAUUAAAUAUUACAUUCUUACCCUUAAAUUUCAUGUUCUUUUUUUAAAAAAAUUCGCAAGCUAAGUGGGAUCCAGUGUACACCAAGACAUCUCAAUUAGGUUGACACCUCUAUAGCACCCUCAUCCUGCCCUAAGACCAAAAGUGAUGUCAUUAAUCGAUGAAAAUUUACAAAAUGAGCUAGGGAGAAGCUCGAAAAGUUGUGAAUAAAUUACAAGAAUUCAUGCCAGUUAACCGAUAUUGAAGUAAUGCUAUAAUUACAAAAAAUGAAAUUUUAAGAGUACCAAAGAGCAACAAGAUUAAGAAUAUCUUCCCAAAUGUGACUGGAAGACUUUCCACCAUUUUUUAAAGUACGAUCAUUUUUCUUGCUAAGUGUUGAGAAAGGUUAACAGUUCACUUAAAGAGUUUCGGGCAAAGUCAACCAACUGGGAAUGACAUCUCAAAGUUUAAUGAAGCAAGUAAGUGCCUUGGAAAUGUAAUCUCGGGAAAGAGGCUCAAGAACUUGGUCCUAUUAAGCCUAGAGAAAAGACAGAGAGUUUUGGUAAAAGAAAUCUUGGAAAGUCUGAGGAGAUCUCGAGCGAGAUUAAUUUAAGAUAGAAGGUAAAUCCUGAAGCUAAAGCACGAGCAUCUUGGUGCAAGGCCAAGAUGAAAGACAUAAAGGUUUGGAAGAUAGAUUCUCGGGUCAUCUCAAGGUCGUUUCCUACCGAGACUAGAAGCAAAGAAUGAAAUUAAAGGGUUCUCGAGCAUAUUUUAGGCAUAUCUUAAGCUAGUUUUAAUCGAGAUCAUUAAAAGAUGCAUGUCGAAAAAAGUUUCCAAAAAUUUGUCACCUGAUGGUCUUCGCGUUGGUCUAACUCGAAGUAUUGUUAUAAGUUUAUUUAGGGAUCAUUUCUGUGAUUUUACACCAUUUCACUUUAAGAGAAAAGUAAAAAGAAGAGUCUAAUUGGAGUCAAGAUUUCUUGAGAGUGUCUCCAAAGCAAGAGGGUUGCCCGAUCAAGCUUCAGUUUGGGGUUUCCUGUCAAGAAGCAUCUAGACAAGUAAGGGUUCAAUGAGUUUGGGCUGAAGAGAAGAGUUAAAACUUUGAAGUUGGAUUCAAGAGCUCUUUGGGGCUACGACAAGCAUUGUAGAAGUGGUUUGAGUAAGCUUAGGCUAUCGAGACUCCAAAGAAAACAAGGUCGAGAAGAAAUAGGGCAACUCUAUAGACUGAGGAACUAAUCGAAAGUUUGUCAGUGAUAAAAAUGAGUUUCAAAUGAACUUCUAAGCUUGUUUUAUUAAGUUAUAUUUAUAGCAUGCUUUGAGUUAAAAUAUUUGAAUUAUACUUGAGUUAUGAAUGAUUUAUAAAUCAUGAGUUUCAAGUUUAGAAAUAGUUGGAUGAGAUUUAUGAGUGAGUAUGCAUGAUUUAAAUUUUAAAGCAUUCAAGUUGAAUAUAUUCCCUUGAACAUGAGAUUUCUAAGCAAAGUAUUUUAAUGCUCAGUUUAUGAAAAUAUCUAAGUUAAAGAUAUGUUUAAGCAAGCAUGAUACCAAGAGUAGCAUCGUGUUAAAGGGCUCUAGUAGCUAAAUACAAGUUAAGCUAAGUUGAGAUUUAAGCAAGUAUAGUCGAAAGCAAUGCAUGAUUUAAUGUUAUGAUAUUUCUAAGAUUGUACUAGCUACAUGACUGUGAUAUUGAGCCUGAGGCUAAAGGAUACUGCGUGCACACAUGUUAUAUUUCGUUGUUGACGUUGAGUGUACUUCGUGAUAAUGAUGCUGUCGUGAGUGUCGAACAUGCCCAUCAUAAGCCAUAAGUUGUUUGCUAGAAAUACUUGCCUAGAGAAAAUGUUAUGUAGAGAUUUCUUGCUAAAUGUUUGCAUACUUGUUUUACUAAGAAUGUUUUAUUUUUAAAAGCUAGUACUCACGGGCUUUAUAACUCACCCUUCAAUGUUUUAUUUUUUUUACAGGUAAAGAUCGCAGUACCGACGGCUAAUAGAAGUUUCACCUAAUCUGCUAGAAGUUUGAUUUAAUAUUUUUUAGUACUCAUUCUAAUCAUGGAUUUUUAGUUUGUAAUUGAGUUAGUAAAAGAUUAGUUGAUGUGUUUGUAAUAGACUAGUAAAGUACUUUUGAGUUGUUUUAUGUAAGGCUUGUUUAAACAGGUUUCCCAUAGGUUGGAUGAAUAUGAAGAUGAGGUUCUAUA